CGACUGAUUAUGUAGUAUGUAACUGAAUAGGUUAGAAGAGUCAUGUUGAAGCGUAGGUUAAUAACAACUUCGUGGUGUAAAUUUCAGAAACGGUAUGCACAAAAGAAUUCGAAAGUGAAUAGUGAAAAUAAAGAACAUGAAGUUUCAAAAAUCCGUAAUAUCGGAAUUUUGGCGCACAUCGAUGCCGGCAAAACAACUACUACAGAAAGAAUGUUAUUCUAUUCCGGUCUUAUUAGUUCUAUGGGGGAAGUACAUCAUGGUAAUACAGUGACAGAUUAUAUGAAACAAGAACGCGAUCGUGGUAUAACUAUUACUUCUGCAGCGGUAACAUUUGAAUGGAAAAAUCACCGUAUUAAUUUAAUAGAUACGCCUGGGCAUAUUGACUUCACCAUGGAAGUAGAACAAACUUUGAGAGUGUUAGAUGGAGCAGUAAUUAUACUUGAUGGUUCCGCAGGUGUGGAGGCUCAAACGUUGACAGUGUAUCAACAGGCUGAUAAAUACAAAAUACCAAAAAUUGUUUACGUAAAUAAAAUGGAUAGACCAGACGCAAAUUUCGAAGCAAGUGUCAAAUCUAUUGAAUCUAAAUUACACAUAGAGGCACUACCUAUACAAUUUCCCAUCAAACAUCAAGGCCUUCUAGAAGGCAUAGUGGAUGUGAUUACAUUAGAAAAAAUGAUUUUUGCUAAAGAUGAUAAGGGUUUGAAAUUUACAAAACAAAAAUUAUCUGAUAAAGACAACAAGAGUUUGUGGGAAAUGGCAGUUGAGAAGCGUAGACAAUUAACUGAUAAACUUUCUAACAUAGAUGACAAACUAGCAGAUGUAAUUAUUGAACAAGAGUCUUUGGACACUAUUGUUCCACAAUUGCUGAUAGACUCUUUGUACAGGGCUACUAUAAAUAUGAAAGGUGUUCCUGUACUCUUAGGUAGUUCAUAUAAGAACAUGGGUGUGCAACCUUUAAUGGACAGCAUCCUUUUAUAUCUACCAUCUCCUGAUAAGAAUAAAUCUUUAAAGUAUUAUCGUUCUUUUGAUGAACGUUUGUCUGCCAGAGUAUUUAAAGUUGUUCAUGAUGAACGGAAGGGACCUAUUACCUUCUUCAGAAUUUACACUGGAGUCAUGGAGAAAAAUUCAAAAAUAUAUAACAUUCAAAAAGAAGUGUCUGAACAAGUUAGCAAAUUAUAUGUUGCUUGUGCAGAUGACUACGAAGAGGUAUCAAAAAUUAAUAAUGGUAACAUUGCAGCAGUAGCAGGAUUGAAAAGUACCAGAACUGGUGAUUUAGUGACAACCAAUGCAUCAGCAGCCAAUAGAGCCAAAACAAAGCUGGCAUCACAAAAAGAUAUUGAAUCAAAAGAUGUGGAGACAUUUUUUACUUCCAAUUCGAGAAUACUAGAGCCCGUUUUCUUUUGUUCAAUAGAAGCACCAUCAAUUUCUACUCAAGCAGCUUUGGACUCUGCUCUGCAGCAACUAGAAAGAGAAGAUUCAAGUUUAAGAGUAACUCAAGACAGCGAAACUGGACAAAUUGUGCUUGCUGGUAUGGGUGAAUUGCACCUAGAAGUUAUCAAAGAAAGAAUCAGAUCAGAAUUUAAAAUUGAUGCAGAAUUAGGACCACUGCAGAUCGCUUACAGGGAGACAAUAACAAACUCUAUUAAAGAUACCAUCACGUCUGAAUACCAAAUAGGAAAAAGUAAACAUUCAGUAACUGUAACCAUAUCAUUGAUUCCAAAUUAUCAGGAAAUCCAGCCUUUGUUACUAGACAGAUCACCAGAUUGCAUUGAAAACAUUGAUGCCAUACCUUUGAGGAUAAUGAAAGCUGUCAAAACUGGUGUGCAAUCAGUUCUUUUGCAUGGACCAAAGCUAAGCUUCCCAGUUAUAAACAUGGGGGUAAAGUUACAUUGGUUGGAAUACAAAUUUGGUACUGCACCAACGAUCAUUACUGCUGCUGUUGCCCAGUGUAUCAGAAAGUUGAUGCAGAAGAGCUCGAUUCAACUGUUGGAGCCGAUAAUGAAGCUGGAGAUUGUGGUGGAUGAAGAAUACUCAUCCGGUGUCCUAGGAGAUCUCCCGAAGAGGCGGGUAGAAAUACAAGAUAUCGGUGUACGCGGUCAGAACAAGGUGAUCAAGUGCUUUGCCCCGCUAGCCGAGCUCUUAGGCUACUCGACAACGCUGAGGAUACUGUCGUCAGGCCACGCAACAUUUUCUUUAGAAUUUGAUCACUACGAACCGCUGGAUUCGAGCAGCGAAGCGGAAGCGAUUAAGAGGAUCACAGGGUUCAGUUAGGAGAUUAUUAGAGUCGGUGUGAAAUACAUAGAACAUUAACAGAACUGGAAAUAAAUGGUUAACCUUGACGAUAGGAAAA